AUGCAGCUUCUUGCAGACGAAAUCUUACUCCUGAUCAUUGGUGAACUGGCACACCACGAGGUCUUGUCAUGUCGGCGGGUCUGCAAGAAGCUCAUGCGCGUCUGCAAUUCCAUUUCCUUCAAGUGCCUCAACGUAGGACCUAACUAUCUCGGGAUACAAAGUCUCAUUAGACUGUCGGAAACCGAUCUACGGUUGCACGUACGAGAAAUUCAUCUGACCUUCGAGGUAUUCUAUCCACAACGAGCCAUGUCUCUCGCCGCGUUCACCUCGGCUCUACGCCCACAUCCGCUCUUGUACAAGCCAUCCGCUACAGAGAGAUUCUUCAAAAGAUACCAAGAGGCAUUCUGCCAAGAAACAAUGUGGGAACGAUUUCUGAUGCACGCCGCACCGUUGGCGACCUUGUUGGACAGAUACCAGAACCUGGGCCAUGUACAGAUAUCCCAGUCGUAUGCCCACCAUCCUGAGGACAAGCCUGACGGCAGAAAUCCUAUGAAUGCUACAAUAUCUAUUGCUGGACAUCAGAUGUUCCUGUCUAUAGCCAACGGGCUUGCAUUAUCUUCGAACUAA